AUGGAGACUCCAGGCGAAUAUAUAAAGCUCCAGCCAAAGCGGUACCCCGCGCGUGCGAUCCGCGAGACCGCAGAGGGGCGGUACUGGCGGAAAUUCGCGACGCCCGUGGUGCACAAGGAGUUCGGAGCGGUCUCGGACAUCGACUUCUGUCCCCAGGCCCCGCACCUGUUCGCCGUCACCGCCGGCGUGCGCGUGCUGGUGUACUCCCCACGCACCGCAGCCCCCGUUCGGCAGUUCACGCGCUUCCAGGACACGGCGUACAGUGGCAAAUUCCGCGAUGACGGCAAGCUCCUCGUCGCGGGCGGCGAGCAGGGCGUCGUGCAGCUCAUGGACGCGGCGUCCCGCUCCGUCCUGCGGCAAUUCAAGGGCCACCGCCGCGCGGUGCACUGCACGCGGUUCUCGCCCGACCGCCUCAAGGUGCUAUCGGCGAGCGACGACGUGACGGUGCGGCUGUGGGACAUCACCGAGGGCGCGCAGGUGUGCCGGCUCGACGGGCACGGCGACUACGUGCGCGCGGCGGAGGUGCGGCCUGGCGACGACAGUAUGUGGGCCUCGGGCGCGUACGACCACACCGUCCGCCUGUGGGACGUGCGCAGCCGGGAGUGCACGCUGAACGUCGACCACGGGGCCCCCGUCGAGGCGCUCGCGUGGCUCCCCGGCGGCGCGAUCCUCGCGUCCGCGGGCGGCAACGCGGUGUGUUUGUGGGACGUCCUCGGCGGCGGACGCUUGCUCAAACGCCUCGCCAACCACCAGAAGACGGUCUCCUCGCUCUGUCUGGUGCCCGGCGCGGGUCCGGACAGCAACACGGGCCCGCGGCUGCUCUCCGGCAGCCUGGACGGCCACGUCAAGGUGUUCGAGCUCGACACUUUCAAAGUGACCCAUGCCAUGAGGUUCCCCGCACCCGUGACGGCGGUCGGCGCGGCGCCGGGCGCGUCGACGCUCGCGGUCGGGAUGGCGGACGGGACGCUGUGCAUCAAGCCGCGCAUCAGGGUGCCGAAGCCCGGCGAGCUGCCGCCCGCGGCGCCGCGCGGACGCAGCGCGCCGCCGGAGCGGCCCGGGGGCGCUCAGCGCCUGACGGCGGGGAAUUUUCGCUUCUUCAUUCGCGGGCAGAGCGAGAAGGCCGGCGAGGACGACUUCCGCGUCGCGGCGCAGCGCCGCGCGCGGCUGUCGUCCUUCGACCGCCUUCUGCGGCGGUUCCGGCAUCGCGAGGCGCUGACGGCGGCGCUGCAGGGCGGGCGGCCGGAGACGGUGGCCGCGGUGCUGGACGAGCUCUCCCGCCGCGGGGCGCUCGGCGCCGCGAUCGCCGGGCGCGACGCGGACGCGCUGCUUCCGCUCGUCAACUUUUUGGCGCGCCACGUGGCGGACCCGCGGCACACGCGGACGCUGGGGCAGGUGGCGGCGCGGGUGCUCGAGGUGUACGCGCCCGUGCUGGGGCAGAGCGCGGAGGUGGACGCGGCGGUGCGGAAGCUGAGGGAGGGGGUGCUGCGGGAGGUGCGCGUGCAGGAGGACCUGUGCGUGGUGCAGGGGAUCCUGGAGCCGCUGCUGGCGGCGUCGGCGGCGCAGGGGUGA